AGAGAGGAAGAGGGAGGCAGACACCGACACCUAGGCAGUAGCACUUAGUGCGAGGAGAGGGGGGGGGGCGACACCGGCUCACAAUGGGCAGGUCUCUGUGAAGCGCAGCCUACCUGUUGGAGCUCGUUGCGGGAGACUGUCGUGCCGGAUCCACGCUGAUCGUGGAUCUGCGGGAAACCCACUUUACUUGCGAGGCUUGAACAGCCCAAACAUGUCUCCCAGACUAUUGCUCUGCGCUGUUUUGGCUGUGUACCACGGGACGCAAAUCGGCAAUGGAUUUAACAUAGAUGAACGGUUUCCUGUGAUCAAAGAGGGAAAAACCAAAGGGAGCUUCUUUGGAUUCUCAGUAGCUGUGCAUCAACAGACGGAGGGCGCAAAAAAGUACCUGCUUCUUGCAGGAGCACCGAAAGAGAAAGCUGAAGCUCUACAAAAUGUCAAUGAAACAGGCGCCGUCUACUCCUGUCCCAUUACAACUGAUACGGCCGACUGCUCCAGAAUGGACCUGGUCAGCACAACAAAUCCAUCUGAGAUUGUGGAGGGCAUGUGGCUGGGUGUGACGGUGGCCAGUCAGAGAUACCAUCCAGCGGGACGCGUGCUGGCAUGUGGGCAUCGCUAUGUGAAGAUCAUGCAAGGCGGCACAGAGGAACAGUGGCGGAUGAUAGGAAAGUGCUACGUCAGGAGCAACGACCUGACCUUUGACCCAAAUGACGAAUGGCAGACUUACAGUUAUGAGGUCUGCAACCCCAACUUUGACAAGGAGUUUGAGGGCCUGUGCAACAUGGGCAUGUCAGGUGGCAUGACAGACACUGAUGUCUACAUCGGGGCUCCAGGCAGCUACGUGUGGCAAGGAAAUGUUCACGUAACUUGGAGAGAUCCAGACCCAGAUCUUGCCUGGGACUCUACAAGCAAAGACUUUGGACAGCUGAAUAUACGAAACAGUUAUAUGGGUUACUCAGUUGUUGAGGAGAGGAAGCUGCUGAGCCAUACCGACUACACAGUGGUGACAGGGUCUCCCAGAGACGAGUCCAAGGGCUCGGUGAUAUUCGGGAGUAAGACUGACAAAAACAUUGAAUUGGUGCUUACACUCCCCGGGGAACAAGUGGGCUCGUACUUUGGGAACAGCCUGGCUGUCACUGACCUCAACAAUGACGACUGGAACGACCUGAUUGUGGGCGCCCCAUUUCACUUUGACCGUAUGAAGGAUGAGGGAGGAGCAGUGUAUAUCUUCAUGAAUGAAAAUGGAUCGUUCCAGAAGACUGCCAGCGUGGUGCUGAAGGGUCCAGCGGCCUCUGGAUUUGGCUUUGCAGUGGCUGCCAUCGGCGAUGUUAACCAAGACGGAUUCCAAGACUUUGCAGUGGGAGCUCCCUUCCAUGACACAGGAAAGGUCUACAUUUGGAUGGGAAGUAAAAAGGGAAUCUCAAAGGAACCCAGUCAGGUAAUCGAGGGUAAGUCGGUGGGAAAUGGAGGAUUUAACACGUUCGGCUACUCCAUCAACGGGGGGAUGGACAUGGAUGGCAACAGUUACCCUGACAUCUUAGUUGGCUCCCUGGAUGAUCGCAUGGCCCUGCUCAGGGCUCGACCAGUCAUCCACUUAACUAAGGACUUCAGUGUCGAGCCAAAGAUUGUGGACCCCAAUCAGUGUCUUGGAAGUACACCAUGCAUCACAGCAACUCUGUGUAUGUCUUUCACUCUAAGCAAUGGAAACAAAGACUUCAAGAAAAAUACCACGGUGAAGUACACAGUGAAGGCCGACGUGGACAGGAGAAGCCCUCGUGUCCGUUUUGAGGACAAUGAUGACACAUAUAUCGGCUUUUUGAGCAUGCCAUCUUCCAAAUCCAUUUGUCAUACUCUGAAACUGAUUGCAAUGGUGCCUGUGAGAGACAAACUGCAGCCAGUGGUCUUUUCCCUCAGCAUGUCCUUAGAUGAACAAAAACCUAAUUCAAGACGUUCUCUGCAGAACCUAGACUCUUUUCCGAUUAUCAGCCAGGAGCAGAAACUCACUCAAAGAGCUGAGAUUAACUUUCAGAGGGAGUGUGGCUUAGACAACAAAUGUAGCAGUAACCUGCAGCUGACGGCCCAAUUUGUUGACAACAAGAAAAGCCCUUACCUAAGGCAUGGCAAAUCGCAGAUACUCCCUUUCAACAGCAGUGUAAAGAUUAUAGGGCUGAUGGUGGAGGUGACCAACGUUCCUGGUCAGGGAAAGCUAGGUGAAGACGCCCACCAGGCCAUGCUCAAUGUCACCAUCCCUGACGCGCUGAGUUACUCUGGGGUCGAGUCUGAGGAUCGUAAUGUACAAUGCCGUCUGACCGACACAGUGAUUUGUGACCUGGGGAAUCCACUUAAAGGCAAUGAAAAUGUAACACUUUUACUUAAGUUUGAGACCUCAGGGAUCAAUUUGUACACACAGGAGAUUGAGUCCCAGCUGCUUCUGUCCACUCUUAGUGAGCAGAGUGACCUAAAGCCUGUGCCUCUGAGCCUGCUGAUUGAAAACACCAUCCUCCCUUCUUUCUCCAUACUGAACCCGCUGGUGCAAACAGAAUUCAGUGGGACGGUGAUGGGCAUGUCAGCCAUGGUCAACACCAGUGACGUGGGCAGCCUUGUCGAGUUCACAUUUGAUGUGAACAUGAGGGGACAGCCCCUGGGACACAUGGGGACCCUGGCUGUGGAGUUUGAGUGGCCCUAUGAGGUAGCCAAUGGCAAGUGGCUGCUGUACCUGACGAAGAUUGUUGUUAAAGGGGAAUCUGAGGUGGAAUGUAAACCUCCUGGAGAAGUUGUCAACAUGCUUAACCUAACUUUGUCAGGGAUUGACCGAAAGCGUACUAAACGACAGAUCACAGUGACUGAUGAAGAUGAUAUGAAAAAACAACAUAUUACUGAGCCACAGGCAGCCAUCACGCUGCUCACUCCUCGCAAAGAGACCUACCUGUUGGAAUGCUCCAAAGGGACAGCACGUUGCGUGACGUUCACCUGCCCGCUGGUCAACAUGACAGACUCAGCCAAGAUUUAUGUCCGCUCUCGUUUGUGGAACAGUACUAUGCUAGAAGACUAUCACAACGCUCUGAGAAUUACGGUCAGAGGUCAAGCCACACUGAAGCUCAUUAAAAAUAAAUCAAACAUCAAGAUGGACAGUCAGACCAACAUGUUCACAGUAGAAAUAGAACCACUGGAGGGGGUGGAGGCACCCUAUGAGCUCCCGCUGUGGAUCAUCAUCUCUGCAGUUGUAGCGGGAGUGUUCCUACUGGGAAUAAUCAUUCUUAUAUUAUGGAAGUGUGGCUUCUUCCAGAGGGCCAGCAGGAGGGAAAUGUAUGAGGCCAAAGCCCAGAAGGCUGAGAUGAAGAUCCAGCCCUCUGAGACAGAGAGGCUGACCGAGGACUACUGAGGCCCCCAUGGGUCCCCCAACAGCACACACAAGUGGGGCAUUUGGCUUGGAUUCUUCAAGCGUGCCAUCUACUAUCGGAUAAUGCCAAAGCACCAGGGGGUGAGAAUUCGCAAGGCUGAGCGGUAUCAAUUCAAUCUGGGAUUUCAACCUGAGGAGCCACAGAAAAAAUAUUGGAUCACCAACUGGACAGAGAUGCAGCAUUACUACUACUGAGGCCUUUGCUUUGGGCCCUGAACUGUCACACUGGUUUGACACAGGCCGAACAAAGAACUGUGGGCUCGGUCGAGCCACAUGCAUGGACCAAUUGUGGAUAUUGCAUUCCAUUUCUUUUCCAUUGCUUUAUCAUUUUUUUACUUCAUGUAGAUUUCAAAUUUUUAAGUGCAAUAGACUGAACCAACAGAUGUGUUUCAGAGAUUGUAAUUUGUUAAGUAUUUUUGAUGAAUACAGUGUUGGAAUAUGAGUUGCAUUCAAGAGUAAAUUCUUGUGAUUAUGACAUUUUGCAUUUCAUUUUUUUUUUUAUCCUCCAAGCAAAGUUGGCUGGACAGUAAUCAUCUUUAUUUCCACCAUGUCUGUGUUGUCCUCUGUAAUAAGAGGAGUGAGUCUAUUGAUCUUUUCCGUGAUAGUGUAUUUCCUGCUCUGUCCCCAGCCAUCACUUUGUGGUUAGCGGUUGUAGACUAUGUAAGUUUUGAUCCUACAUCAGUUGAGAUUGUUUUCAAACUGCACUUAGAAUAUGUUGACCAGCAUCCACUCUGUUAUGAGAGACUUAUUGUGAAUGUCCAUGUCAGUGUUUGGCAAGGUCUACGUUGACUCACAUCUCAAAAAGUGACCUCCAAAAAGUUCACUGGUUUCAGGGAAUAAAUACCUAGAGGUACGGAGAAAAAUAGCCAGAUAUUGGUGAAUAAUACAUUUUAUAGCCCAGCUGGACAUGUUUUAAUUAAAGAGUAAAUCAAGCACCCCUGCAACAAGUUGAAAAGCAAUAGCUUGUUGUCUGUAUGUAGAGUCAACCAACAAAUGAUGAGAUCAGGUGAGCACACUUGAUUAUUAUUUAUUACACUGUCUUGUGUUAUUGAAGUAAAGAACCUAUCAGGUUUUUUUUAAAUAUCACAAACAGAGUCAUGACACUGGAGUAAAUAAUAAAUUAUGUGAUAUAUCUCUGGCGACUGUAAGCUCUAGCAUAGAUAGUUAUAAAUUGUAAAUAGUGAAAAGGUAAAGUGAAUUGACUUAUUUGAAAGACUGCUUAUGUCAUUGGCCUUUGUUGUUGCUCUGUCCCUAAGCUUUGUAGUUUUGUAUGAGACAGUGUGCUGACACUUGGAUUGUUUCCAAGCCAGUGCGGCCCCCAUUGAGGUCAACUUGCCGCACUGAAAACAGACUGGACCAGGAGAAGACAGUCACAGAACGCAACUGUGACUGGGACUAAGUGUUGCAUUACCACUCUAUUAUGUGUUACCUGAGAGCCCACAGGUUGUGACUGUGGCGGUUACAGAGGCUUCAUUGACUCUGCGAGUAAAGAGAGAAGGGCUGAAACCAAUGCACAAACUCUGUUCUCUGUCAUGGUGGUGUUUUUUUAUUGUGUGGUUUCAAUGUAAUUAAAUAGUUUUU